UUUCGUAGUCCUAUAGUAUAGUUGCUGGUUCUCUACAGAGAACACUUCCUGUUGGCCUUGGCCAGUCCCACCCCUUCAUCUCGUUUUGAUUUCCGGGUUAGGAAAAGAAGACGCCUGCUGCUUCGUCCCGCGUGCGGCUGAGUUAAAAAGUCAACAAGAUGUCUUCUGUAGAAGAGAACUUCCCUCGAGGUGGCACACAAACAAAAGCACCAAAAAGAAAAGCAGCCAGGCCACCAUCAGUAGACCAGGAUAAUUUAUUCAAAACACAAGAUGAAGACAGGACUCAGAAGAGAAAGAGAAAUAUCCAAGAUCGAACAAAGCCAAAAAAGUUUCUAAAGUCUGAGAAGAAAAUUAUUGUAAAAACCAAUGCUAAGGAUUUUGAACUUCUGACAGCUGAGUCUCUCACAGAGGGGAUGUUGCUCUUAGGUUGUGUGAAAGAGUCUAAUCAGUUGGAGCUGGUGAUCAGUUUGCCAAAUGGACUCAUUGGAUUUGUUCAAGUGACACGCAUAUGUGAUGCCUAUAACAAAAUGCUGAAUGAGCAGGUGGCCAAAGAUGAACACUUAGCGGAUCUGAACCCUCUUUCGGACCUGUUCUCACCAGGAAUGCUGCUCAGAUGUUCUGUGGUCAGCAUAGAGAAAACUGCCACAGGACAUCAAAAUAUACAGCUAACGAUUAAUCCCAAAGAUGUCAACAAGGCUUUGAACACUGCAGCUCUAAGACCAGGCAUGCUACUCUCUGGAUGCAUCUCUAGCGUGGAAGAUCAUGGCUACCUCAUUGACAUAGGCAUCAAGGCAGCAAAGGCAUUUCUGCCUCGUCAGAAAGCCCAAAGCUAUCUCCAGUCAACCAACAAAGGUGCUGAACUGCACAUAGGCCAAUACCUGAACUGCCUUAUUGAAGAAGUUAAGAACAAUGGGAGAAUAAUCCGCUUGACCAUCAACCAGUUGGAGAUUGCUGCAGCCAUUGCAACAGAAGAACAAAACUGGGCACUAAACAACUUGCUACCUGGACUGGUGGUGAAAGCCCAGAUUCAGGAGGUGACUCCUCUCGGACUUUCUUUGAGUUUUCUCUCUUCUUUUACUGGAAUUGUGGACUUCAUGCACUUGGGUUCUGCAAAAGCAAGAAACUACACACCAAGUCAGAUGGUGAAAGCCUGCAUUCUCUCUAUUGAACCCAGCUCCAAAGCAAUACACCUCUCUCUGCGCCGAGUUUUCCUCCAGCCUGGCAUCCAACUUGGUCAACUCUCCAGUGAUCGGAUUGGUGUGAUUUUGGCAGAUUCAAGAGUGAAGACUUUUCACAAAAAAGUUGGUGCCACCUUCAUCUUGGAUGAUGGCACUCUAGGUUUUGCACAUCUAAAGCAUCUUUCAGAUUCGUCAAACUCUUUCAGACCCGAGGCAUUUAAGCCUGGAAGCAAGCAUAAAUGCCGAAUCAUUGACUAUAGUCUUAUGGAUGAUCUGCCGUUGUUGUCACUCAAACAACGUAUUCUUGAUGCUCGAUUUCUGAGAUACCAUGAUGUCCAUCCUGGGCAGGUGGUAGAGGGCACAGUGUUGGCUCUAAAGCCCUUUGGCAUGCAAGUAAAGGUGACUGAACAUAUCAAGGGUCUGGUCCCUUGCCUGCAUCUGGCAGAUGUGCUUCUGAAAAAUCCAGAGAAGAAAUACAGUGUGGGGUCCACUGUCAAGUGCCGGGUGCUUACCUCCAAUCCUGAAGAAAGGAAGCUCAUACUGACUCUUAAGAGAACACUUGUUGAUUCCAAACUCCCUGUCCUUGCCAGUUAUGCAGGUGCAAAGCCAGGCAUGAUCACCCAUGGCUUUGUUGUGUGUGCUAGAGAGUUUGGCUGUAUUGUAAAGUUCUGCAAUGAUAUAAAAGGCCUGGUCCCCAAGAAUGAGCUUGGUACGGAACCCCUGACUGUUCCUCAAGAAGCCUUCUCUGAAGGCCAAGUGGUCAAAGUUAUGGUCUUAAAGUGUGAGCCUGAGCAGGAGAGAUUGCUGCUCUCUUUCAAGCUGACAGAUAAUGCUCUUGCUGAGAACAGUACAGGAAAAGUGUUUUCAAAGAAGCGAGAAAUAACGUAUGAAACUGGACAGAUGGUUGAUGUGAGCAUUCUGAAGAAGAAGGAAGGUGGCCUAGAGGUUACAAUCUUGCCAGACAAUGUUUCUGCCUACAUUCCUAUGAUGCACCUCUCUGACCAUGUCUCCAACUGCAAAUUGUGGUGGCACUGGCUCAAAGAAAAUGAUGUCCUCCACAGGGUUAUAUGCCUCCAUGACAAGGGAGGACAUAUUACCUUGAGCAGGAAGCCAGCAGUGAUUUCAGCUGUGGAGGAAGAACAGGUGGUGAAGAGCUUCUCUGACCUUGAGCCUGGAUUGCUGCUGACUGGCUAUGUGAGAAACAUUAUGCCCUAUGGUGUGUUUGUGGAGUUCCCGUAUGGUUUGACAGGUCUGGUGCCCAAGUCGGCAAUGAGUGACAAGUUUGUAACAGACCCCAAAGACCAUUUUGUGAUAGGUCAGACUGUGAUUGCCAAGGUGACCAGCACUGAUGAAGAGAAGCAGCGCAUCCUGCUGUCCCUGAAGGUGUCUGACUGCUCCUCUGAAGACUCUGUAUCUGAGAGCUUCUCCUUGCUGAAUCAGUACUUUAAUGAGCUUCAGGAGAUUAAGAGCAUCAUGUGUAAAAGAGAUGAUUCCAGUGUGGGGCAGAGACUCUGUGAAUUAAAUCUUGGGCAGAAGCUGGACCUGGUGGUUCAUGAUAUCAAGACAGAUGGUUCAGCACUGUUCAGUGGCACUUGUGUUUCUGGGCUGACUGUAAUAGCCACUCACAGCCACCUUGGAGGCAAAAGUGUUGUUCCGGGAGAAAAGGCAAGAGCUGUGGUUCUCUACAUUGAUUCCCUCAAAUCAAAGGUCUGUGUGUCUCUCCGUGAUGAAUUGCUGUCUCCCAAACCCAAGAAGUUGACCAAGAACUCCCAACAUCCAGCUAUUGUGCAGUAUGUGGCUAUGGAGCAUGCAGUUGUUUCACUGGUAGGAACAGGUCAGCUGCUUGCCAUCCCUGUGGCCUCCCACUUCAAUGACACCUUCCGGUUUGAUUCUGAAAAACUGAAGGUGGGUCAGUCAGUCACAGUGGUUCUGAAAACGGAACAAGAAGCUGACCAUGGGAUCUUACUUGCUGCGCAAAGUCCAACAAAGAGAAAGAAUAUGAUCAGGUCACGACAUGAAUCUGAGACGCUAGAAGACACAGUGUCUAUGGUGAAACAUUCGCUGUGUUUGGGAGAUGUGGUCAAAGGAACUGUGAAAUCUGUCAAACCUACACAUGCCUUAGUGGCAAUUGAUGAUAAAUUAACAGGCUCCAUUCAUGCAUCCCAGAUUCUGGAUGAUGUUCCCAUAGGUACUUUUCCAACAUCAAAGCUAAAAGUUGGGCAGGAGGUAUCUGCUCGGGUCAUUGGAGGCAGAGACAUUAGAACUCACAGAUACUUGCCCAUCACUCACCCUCACUUUACCCAUACCUUCCCAGAACUCAGUGUCCGACCAAGUGAGCUGAAUGGGGAAAGCAACACAGCCCUGGGCCCUGAAGAUGAAAAGACGUUAACACCCUUUAAGCCUGGGCAGAUGGUGACAUGCUUUAUUAAGAAGUACAAUGCCAUAAAGAAGUGGUUGGAGGUGGAGAUUAGCCCUAAUGUUAGAGGUAGAGUUCCACAGCUGCUACUUUCCCUUAACCCCAAGGUCUUAAAAUAUGCAGAUAAAAACUUCAAAAAUGGACAGGCUGUGACUGCAAUGGUGACAGGCUCUGACGUCACUGAGACCAAGCUCUGUCUGUCCCUGACAGGAGUUCAUUCUCUGGAGAAAGGAACCAUCACACUAGGCUGUGUGAGAAAGGUGAUUCAGUUCACUGGCUUGAUCAUUGCACUUCCCUUUGGAAAGACAGGCAAAGUUAGCCUUUUCCAUGUGAGUGAUUCAUAUGCUGAGCAACCACUAGAAAACUUCAGCAUUGGAAAAAUUGUCAGGUGCUGUGUCAUUUCCAAUAAAGAUAAUACAAUAGAAGUGUCCCUCCGGCAAUCCAGGGUAAAUCCCAAGAGCCAUAGUAAAGUGGAAGAUCCUGAAAUUACAUGUCUCGAUAAUGUUCAGAAGGGUCAGUUUGUCAAAGGCUACGUCAAAUCCAUCACACUAUCAGGCAUCUUUUUUGGGUUGUCUGACACUGUUGUGGGUCGAAUUCAACUAAAACACAUCACAUCUCUCUUCGUACCAGAUCAGUCUUUGUAUACAAAAUAUAUACAUGUAGGUCAGUUCCUCAUUGCCAAAGUUCUCAGUGUAAAUAAAGAAGAAAACCACGUGGAGCUUUCAAUCCUUCCUGAAGACACUGGGAAGUCGAGCAUUAUCCCAGAGUCCCUGUGUGUGCCACGGAAUGAAGUGAACACAAGCACCAAGAAGCUGAGAAAACGAAAAAGAGAAAACUCUGAGAGUGUGCAGGAAGUAAAGCCAAAAAGGAAGAGAACUCGUUGCACUGAUGAUAACGAUAGUGGUGUUGAAGUCUAUUGUCGUGAGGAGGAAGAGGAGGAGGAAGAAAAAAUGUGUGAGAAGAAAUCUAAGGGAAGAGAGGCUCCGCGGCUAAAGGUUUCAACCAGCUUUAUUUGGGAGGAGAGUUUAAAUGUGCUGGAUACAAUCAUGCUGAAACCAAAGGAACAGAGUUCUGACACUGAGGAAGAAGAUGACCCACAGUCCAUGGUAAAGAAGCAAACAAAGAAGAAAAAGGAGCUGGAGAAGCAGAGGGCAGAAAAGGAACUCUCCAAACUAGAAACCGCCUUGAUGGAUCCAAACUGGCAGCCCCAGACAGCAGAUGACUUUGACCGCUUGGUUCUUGGCAACCCUGAUAGCUCGAUUCUCUGGUUACAGUACAUGGCCUUUCAUCUCCAAGCUACAGAGAUAGAGAAAGCCAGAGCCGUGGCAGAAAGGGCACUCAAAACCAUCUCUUUCAGGGAGGAACAAGAAAAGUUGAAUGUGUGGGUAGCCUUGCUGAACCUGGAGAACAUGUAUGGCACAGAGGAAGCACUGAUGAAAGUCUUUGAAAGAGCCAUUCAGUACAAUGAGCCGCUAAAGGUCUUCCAGCAGUUGGCUGACAUCUACACUGGUUCUGAGAAAUAUAAGCAAGCUGAUGACCUCUACAAUGCAAUGCUAAAGCGCUUUCGUCAGGAAAAGUCUGUGUGGGUAAAAUAUGCCACUUUCCUCCUGAAAAGAGGCCUGGUAGAGGCAGCUCACAGACUCCUUCCACGUGCCCUUAAGUGCCUACCGGAUAAAGAACAUGUGGAUGUGAUUUCCAAGCUGGCACAGCUGGAGUUCCACUUUGGCGAUCCAGAGCAUGCCAAGGCCAUUUUUGAAAACACGAUGAGCACAUACCCGAAACGCACAGACAUCUGGUCAGUCUACAUAGACAUGAUGAUAAAACAUGGCACUCAGAAGGAGGUUCGGGAUAUAUUUGAGCGAGUAAUACACCUAAGCCUAGCAGCAAAGAAGAUGAAGUUCUUCUUCAAGCGCUACUUGGAAUAUGAGAAAAAAUAUGGCACACCAGAAACGGUCCAGGCCGUGAAGUCAGCAGCACUAGAAUAUGUGGAAUCUAAGAGAAGUCUUGCUGAGAGCUAACUUCUAGAGUAUAUAUUGUGUUCUUUGCUUGCUACUAUUGUACACUGAGAAGAGAAAUAUACCACAGCUGUUGGAAGAGAGUAUCCCUAUUUGUUGCAUGUCUUGAUGAUCUCAACAGCAAAUGGGGCUAACCAGGACCAAAAUGAACAUCACUCAUCAAGGACUGUAUAAGAGCAUAGCUCCUGUAAAUAUUCCUUUUCUACAUUUCCAAGACUUUUAAAUGUGAGGAUUUGGACACCUUAUUUAAGUGCUGAUUUGCUUGUGCUUUUUUUUUUAAUUUAAUGACUGCCUGAAAACCAUCCAUCACCCUGAUUUCAUAUGGAGAUGACUGUGCUCAUUAAAUGCAUUUAAAUUAUAUUCUUCUGCUCA